AUGCAUGAUCUUGUAAGGGACAUGGCAUUACAUAUCACAAGAGGAACACCUCGGUUCUUGGUAAAAGCCGGCAUGAGCUUGACAGAGCCACUCGAUGUACAAGAAUGGAAGCAGGAUCUAGAGCAGGUUUCAUUCAUGAAGAAUCGUGAGUUACAAGUAAUGUAUCCUUUGAAAAAACCACCACCAAGAUGUCCGAUGAUCACCACAUUACUGGUGUCUGAUUGUGGUAUAAAGAGUAUUCCAGGAGCCUUCUUUAAGCAUAUGCAUGGACUCAAGAUUCUUGAUCUUUCUGAAAAUCCUAUAAAGAGUCUCCCUGGUUCCAUAUCAGAUUUGAAGAAUCUCACUGCACUAUUACUUGCGUACUGUCAAAAUUUAAAGAAGGUGCCAUCGUUGUCAAAACUCGGGGUUCUAAAGAUGCUAAAUGGGAUCCCCAACGGAAUAUUAUCAAAACUUUCUUGCCUUCAACACCUGAAUGUUGGUGAAACGUCUGUAAGAGGAGAAGAGAUCGCUGGAUUUAAGAAGUUGGAAUUCUUCGAGGGGCGGUUUAACGACGUGAGCAACUUAAAUAUGUAUGUUCAUGCUUUACAUGAUCGAGAAGGUCCUCGUGAAUACUUAAUAGUGAAGUGCAAUCUGGUUUGCAGUGAAGAUGACUUGCUGUUUUCCAGGUUUUUCCGAAUCCCACUUGCCACCUUUUCCACUCUUAGAAUUCUUAAUAUAAACAAUUGUGAAAAUAUGAAGAGGUUGUUCUCUCCAAACUGCGUGCCGCUAAAUUUACAACAGCUUAGCGUUACGGACUGUAACCAAAUGGAGGAAAUAAUAGCAUCAGAACCUGAAUCAGAAGGAGGAGGACUGGUUUCUCUGGAACAUCGUCUCCCACAACUGACUCAGUUGCUAUUGAUGGAUCUACCUGAAUUAAAGAGUAUUUGCAGUGUCAAUGAAGUGAUGAUUUGUGAUUCUCUUGAAAAAUUUUGGGUACUAAAUUGUCCAAAAUUAAAAAGGAUGCCUCUUAAUCCUCCCGAACUUGAUAAUGUCCGAUCAUCUGCAGCUCCUGCUCUUCGUAUUUAUAUAAAGCCAAAGGAAUGGUGGGAAUCAGUGGAAUGGCAUCAUCCAGAUUCCAAGUCUCUUUUGGAGCCCUUCUUGAGGUUCUGGUAA